UGUGGUUCUUGUCUCUGGCAGUGAGGUGGUUAAACUGGGAUGUCUCGUUGUAACAUGGCUGGUUAGACUGGGACACACCGCCACACUCAGUCAGUCAGUCAGUGUCGAUGGAAACACCUGCCGGUAAACUCAGAGCAGUGUCGGGGUUUACCAGCGGCCGGGUUCGCGGAGUGUUUUAAAUGGGAAUAUAACCGCGGUUUCCGAUGUGAGGUCUUCCCGAAGCUCCACUGUCGGAUUGUAAAGAGAAAACUUAUGAGGUGGAGGAGGCGACGGAACAGCAGCCAGACCUGAAGUCACCUGCAGCAGCGUUUCCAGAAGUCAAAGGUUAACUCUGCUGCCGUUGCCAUGCAAACCAGCCAAGCCGUCCUCCUGCUCCUCCUGGGCUGCUGUGUCUACCGUUGCCGUGGUGACUCCCGUGCAGCUCCCAGGGUGUAUCUGUCUUACAAAGAGUUGAUCGAGACGAAGACGGCGAGGCCAUUCUCCUUCUCGUUCAACACCAGUGACUAUCGGAUCCUCCACAUGGACCAAGACCAGGGGCGCCUCUACCUGGGCAGCCGAGAGUACCUGGUGGCUUUGGACAUGCACAACAUCAACAAAGAGCCACUCAUAAUCCAUUGGCCAGCUACUGCCCAGAGGAAAGGAGAGUGCCAAAUGACUGGAAAGGGAGGGCAGGGAGAGUGUGCCAACUUUGUGCGUCUGAUUGAACCCUGGAACAGGACUCACCUGUAUACCUGUGGCACCGGAGCCUACAAACCCAUCUGCACCUUCAUCAAUAGAGGAUGGAGAGCUGAGGAGUAUCUGUUCAGGCUGGUGCCAGGUUAUGUGGAUUCUGGGAAAGGCAAAUGCUCCUAUGAUCCUCGACAAGCAAAUGCUGCAGCUCUGAUCAAUGGGAACCUGUAUGCAGGUGUCCAUGUUGACUUCAUGGGAACAGAUGCUGCUAUCUUCAGGACGCUGGGGGACAGACCAGCAGUUCGGACAGAACAGUAUGACUCCCGCUGGCUCAACGACCCAGUGUUUGUAAAGAUCCAGAAAAUUCCAGACAGUUCGCAGAAGAACGAUGACAAGCUGUAUUUCUUUUUCCGAGAAAAGAGCUUGGAUGCAGCAGGAGGAAGCACUCCCAUCGUGGUAUCCAGAGUGGGCCGAGUCUGCCUGAAUGACGAUGGCGGACAAAGGUCAUUAGUCAACAAAUGGACAACCUUCUUGAAAGCCCGCUUGGUGUGCUCUGUGAUUGGGAGUGAUGGAGUAGAAACGCAUUUUGAUGAACUGAGGGAUGUUUUCAUUCAGCCAACACAAGAUGAACGCAAUCCAGUUGUGUAUGCGGUUUUCUCCACGGCUGGGUCUGUGUUCAAAGGCUCAGCUGUAUGUGUGUACUCAAUGUCUGACAUUCGAAAUGUCUUUAAUGGUCCAUUCUCACACAAGCAUGGACAUAACUACCAGUGGACGCCCUACACUGGCAGAAUCCCAUACCCUCGUCCAGGAACUUGUCCGGGAGGAACAUUCACCCCUGGCCUCCACUCCACCAAGGAGUUCUCAGAUGAAGCGGUGAACUUUGUAAGGGCACACCCGCUAAUGUACCACCCUGUUUACCCCACACACAAACGCCCCUUGGUGCUGUCCACUGGGCUGGACUAUCGCUUCACUUCCAUUGUGGUGGACCAGGUGGAUGCUGUGGAUGGGAGAUACGAGGUGCUCUUCCUGGGAACAGAUCGUGGAACAGUCCAAAAGGUCAUAGUACUUCCUAAAGACACCAGCAGCACAGAGCAGCUCAUCUUGGAGGAGGUGGAAGUGUUCAGGACGCCGGUUCCUAUAAAAACCAUGAAGAUAUCAUCUAAAAGGCAACAGCUGUAUGUAUCCUCAGACAGAGGCCUCACCCAGGUCUCCCUGCACAGAUGUGCAGUCUAUGGUAAAGCCUGCUCAGACUGCUGUCUGGCCAGAGACCCUUACUGUGCCUGGGACGGAGAGAACUGCGCCCCCUUCACCCCCUCCACAAAGAGGCGGAGCAGAAGACAGGACAUUAAGCAUGGAGACCCACUGCGUCAGUGUCGCGGUUUCAAUGCUAAAGAGAAGCGUCUCGGCCAGACAGCCCAGUUUGGCGUGGAGGGCAGCAGUGUUUUUCUGGAGUGCCAGCCCAGAUCUCCACAAGCAACCAUCAAGUGGCUGUUUCACAAAGAUGGCAGGAGGAAAGUGCUGAACCGGGACCAGGAGGUGCUGAAGACACGCCAUGGGAUCCUGCUGAAGUGGCUGAGCCAGGCGGACGCGGGGCUUUACCUCUGUCUGGCCACAGAAAACAACUACAAACACACUGUGGCACGGGUGGCCCUCCGCAUCCUCGACAGGGAGAUCGUGGAGGCCCUGACUUCCCAUGAAGCACCACCCGAUGAGGUGAAUCAGAGCCACACCCAGAGCCAGCAGCGGCAGCAGCCUCCUCCUCCUCCACCUCCGCCACAUGUGCUCCCUCCUCACUUGCAGCCGGAGAUUCGCCUCAUUAACCAGUACUGUCAGUCCUAUUGGCAGCAACUCAAUCCCAACCUGCCAACCAAACGCACCAGCCGCCGUCAUGCUGAGGGCCGGGCUGACCACUAGACACCUCCUAAUUAUUGUCAUCCUGAAUAUCACACACUUUAACACUAUAGUUUGGUCCAAACCUUAAAGUAAAAAUCCAACCUCAGAUCCUCUUCCACUGUUAGACAUCAAUUUGUGAUGUUCACAUUAUUCUAGGGCUUAUUUUGCAUUGAUUUCCCCCAACCUGCCUCAUCUACUUUAGAGAUCAUCAAGCUGUCAAACAGGAUAUUAUAUUUGAUGUACUUGCAACAUUCAUGCUCAGGCUGCAUUGCAUUCUGGUCUAGUUAGGCUUCUGUCGGUGGAUCUCUGCCUUUGCUAUGAUGGAUUUCUGCUUCUGUUAUUGUUGAUCAUUGCAGAUUGUCUGUGUUUGGCAAAUUAUACAACAAAAUGGACAGAGGAAUUUAAGAUUCAUCACCAAAUGCUGUUGAAGUGGUCUGUGGUGGAUUUUUCCUUUAAAAUGUGGCUUGUUUACCUAGCUUAUGUUCAGAAAAUUAUAAACAAGGUAAUGUCUGCAAAUAAUUAUGAUUCCUGAAAAUUUGACAUCAACAUUUGAUGUAUAGAAUUGGCAGAGCGUAGAUGUGUAACCUGUAGUAAAAUGUUGUCCAGGACAACAGAGAGAGGGUCGAAAUACAAUAACUUCACUCUUUUUGUAUGUUGAAUUCCACUGGUUACUUUAUUUUCCUCUCUCUCACUCACAUGAGACGCAGUGGAUCACAGGAGUGAUAAAUGUAUACAGUAAAGAGGCACAACUUUUAGCUUUUAUUGCAUUGCCCUGAAUGGUGGCAGUUUUUAAAGGACCAGUUGGUAUGUUAUACUCUCCCAUUUUCUCUGAUUUUAUUUAAAAGUUAAAAAUCAUCUACACACUACUCAAUGCAGGAAAUAUCAUCAAGUGAUCUAUCAUUGAAAUUCGUUUUGGGUGAACUAAUGCAUUUGUGUUAAAGGAUUUCAAAUAGAUCACUACAACAUCUGUAAUAUAACGACACUAAAAGCAUCUCACAAGUGAACCUUUCCUUAGAGAUGAAAACAGGAAAUUAUUGUAUAUAACUGUUCAAUAAUAUAAUUUAAACAAUUCAUGAAACUUUGGCUGUUUGCAUUUACACCCAGUAAGUAUUCUAUUUGAGCAUGUGUAAUAUUUGUGAAUAGUUACCAGAGAUCAUUUUUGUGCUUUCUUUCCUAAUCAUUCAUAAUAUAUUGUAAUUUUUAGAUCAACAGUCUUGUAACAGACAAAUUUAGGACCAAACACUAUUCCAAUCGUCUGCCGAGAUAUUAGGGGUUUGUAAAGCAGCAUGCAAAUAUAAAAGCUUUUAAGUAAUAAGAGGUGAAUUGAACUGUUGGCAAAUAGUUUGUUUCCUGUUAUGUCACACUGAAAUUACAGAUCUUUUCUUGACAGCAGUUGGAUAUUACAGUACGUUGGGGGUAGGCUGCAUUCUUUAUUACAUUUGAAUGAGAUUAUCUGUAUUGAAUUGAGAGCAUUCAUUUCUCCAUUUUGAACCAUGAUAGCAGCUGAAACACGGUUAAGAUCAACAAGAGUCAGAGUUCUCUUUGGUGGUCAAAGAGGUGAUCCCAACCCUAAUGGCAGUGAGGUAUAUGGUGCUGUGUGGGGUUAGACCAGUGUGUUUUUUUAAAGGCUGAUGCCUACAUGUAUCUGGACUGAAUUCAUUAUUGCCCCCCAUUUUGAUUUUUCUCAGGGUGUCUAAGCUUCUCAAUCAGCACUUUGACCCCAAUGGGACACUAAAACAUUUGAGACCUACAUUAGCGAUACAAUGAGAUACAUUACUGCCUUUAAAUCAAGAAUUGGCUUCUAAAGUCUUUAUCAAACAAUGCAUUAAUAAUUUGUGCAAGAAAAAAAAAUGUCAUUGCAGGUUUUACUGACUUUUUCUGCAGUUGUGGACAGGGAAGAGCCUCUGAUAUCAGAAGGACACUGAUUUACUGAUAUCUGAUAUCUGAGAUAGAGAUAGUAAUGUGCAUCAUCCAGGACAUGGCACUAUAAAGCGCUAGAGAAAGAAAAAAAUAUGAGUCUCACAAUGCUUCCCAGCCUUCCCAGUCUGAGAAGCUGCAGGACCAGCCUCUCAAAGGGCCAUGAUGUGGGAAGCCAGUGCUACUAUGUGUCCUACCAGAGUCAGACAGCACUACAGCUUUAAAGUUCUGACGUCCAACCAAGAAGUGCUACCUUCCGCCGUGAUGGCUGGACUGGGCAGGCUAAAGCAUGAUGCAAACAGCCAUGUUGUUGGCUGUUCACCAUGCUAUAUGGGAGAGGGUGAAAUGGGAGGGUGGAGGUGAGUGGUGACCCAUUAAGCUGGUCGGCUGAAUGAGGGGAGCAGGGGAAGCUGUCGCAGGGACUCUUUGUCAAACUUGUUGGAAAACAGGAUUAUCUCCACCGCCCAUCCUCCCCACCACUGACUGGCCUGGUCUGUUCACAGCCAUUGAUUCUUUUUGUCCAACUCCACGCCUCCUUCACACUGUUUUUCUGCAGAUUGCUCUCAGUUCCUUCCAUACUAGAUUCAACUCUUUGCCCCCCCCCUAUGGAGAAACUUUUUCCUCUUCUCUGAAAGCUCUCCUCUUCAUGUUGAUGAGACACCAAGGAAUCUGAGCUUUAUUACUGGGAAAACAGCACACUGUUUUUGUAAGAACAUAAAAGAAUCACCAGAAUGUAGGACAUUAGAUCUCUGAAUCUUUUUGGGGUGAGGGCCUCCAGAGCCCCCUGCAUUUGUUUAAACACCUCCCUGUUACUAGACUCCUCAUUUCUUCUUACUGCCUUUUCUCUCUGUCUUCUUAUGUCAAUUUAGAAGCAUCUCUUGGCGCCUUGGUUUAGUUACUUGUAACUUUAUUUCUCAAAAACAAGUAGCAAUAAUAAAUAUACUGACUUUUUCUGACCAUGGGGAAAAAUGUUUCUGUGUUUCAGGAAGUAAUAAGUUAAAGGCAACUGGACUUGGUCGUGAAGAUGCUUUGCCUCUCAUCCAAGAAGCUUCAUCAGCUCUAAUGACCAGUGGGGAGUCCCAGGCAUGUAAACCUUUGAGCACUGUUCACCUUCUUGUGACAUCAAGGUAUGAAUAAACCUCAAAGGUUUAAAUGCCUGGGACACCCCACCAAUCAUUAGGUCUUGGAUGAGUGGCAAAACAUCUUCAAAGCAAACAAGUUAAGUUUGACUUACUACUUCUUGACAUACUUUGACCUGGAUGACUGAGAAUCUUCACAGACAAUGUCGAUGUGUCAACUCCCAAAACAUUUGGUGACAAAUUGUUACAGCCAAUCCUAAUUUGUGUUACUAACUCAUCUAAUCCAAAGAGGUCUGCUGACCAUGGUCCUUUCCGUACAUAGCAUUGCCCUGCCUGUCACUAUGAAUGGGAUCUGGAGCAAAUAUAUUACUCUGUAAAUUAGCAUAUAGUAUCAAAUGGUGACAUGUAGUAACUUUUUUCCAGUCAAUACUGUAGCUGCUUUCGAUAGAAAAGAAUAAGCAACGCUGUUGGACAGCCUCUAGUGUGGUUGUGGAGUUUGGUGUGAUUGCCUGGCUGCAUUGCCAGUGUUCCCAGUGAUUUCUGACUGAUGGCAGACAACUUGCUAAUUUUCCCAUGUUCCCCUUCACCAGAGAUAGUUUAUGUAAGCACAAACUGGGUACUUGGAAAAUGCCAACAUAGUACAAAACCUAAAGUGCAUAUUCUGCAUAUUGGUGCCAUCUUUUAGCCCAGUAGGACAGUAUCAUGUACAUAUAUGAUUCUGACCCUAGUGCUUUACUUAUUGAUGUGUCUGGUAGUGGUGAGGCAUCAGAUGUGAACAUUUCUAGCAAUGUGUAUUCAUAUUCCAUUUAAAAAGAAAAAAAAAAAAAAACUAGGCGUGUACAUGGUGUGAAUGCUGCCCAGGGGUGGAAUAAGAAGAAACUUCUUGGGUAUUUCAGAAUCUUUUGUCUCUUUUGAGGUCAUGUUUUUGAUGGCAGAUGGCAGAUUGUUGUGGCUGUACUUCUCAGCUACUCAACACUACUGUCUCUCUCACCAACCCCAUCAUUUACUUUGGAACUGUACAUAUUUCUGUCGUUUUAUCACUGAUGGUGGGGAUGUCAGGGCUGGGCUGUCAAAGGGAAAGAUUAUGACCUGAUCACCAGCCUCCAUGGAAACAUGCCUGUGGAAUAAGCUAGACCUUUUUGAAACAUUAUCCAAUGUCGGAGAAGCAUGAUGAAAAAUGAAAAUGACACGAGGGAAUGUGCAAAAUGACUCAGGCUGUAUACAUUUCUUCUUUCUCAUGAUGUUUUGGAGACAAGUAAUUCAUUAAUACUGUGUUCACACUGUCAUUGUCAGCUGUAGUUUAAUGGAGAGUGGGAGUCAUUCAUUUCAGUGGAGGAUGUUUUGAUGGACAUUAAUGGAUUUGCUCCCUAAUGGUUAUCCAGUGGAUGUUUUCUCUCCAAGUUGACAGAAAACAUUUUUAGUUUUCAUAAUGCAAAAUUUGCUGUUACCACACUGGUUCAUAAUGACAAGUCCUUUGCUUUUUUCAGUUCAAAAAGCAGGUAUACAAUUCAACUUUUGUGAAUUCUCCUCAGGGGGAAAGUUCAGUUUAUCCAUCAACAUUUUAUUUUAAUCCCCAUACCCUUCCCCAGGGGGCUACUACCCCCACCUAGGCCGUUAUUGUAAAUAAGAGUCUGCUCUUAAUUAACCUGCCUAGUUAAAUAAAGGUUGUAAGUAAGUAACAUGAGAACUCAACUCCAGUAACUCACCACAGAGUAACUAGUCAACUGUGGAGAAACACACCCCAGUCAAACAGAGAGAGAGUGUGUGUAUGCUGUUACAAGAAUGGCUUGUUGUGUUUGAUCAGUGACUGAAUUUGGAGGUAAAAAGUGAACAUGGUAUGAAACACAUUCACUUUGGAUUUUCCAUAAAGCUAUCGUUUCAACAUUGGUUCAGCUCAGUUUUCACAACUGAGUUUCAAUGUGCAAACCUCUGACCAGCAUUGGCACUUUUCUUUCCUUUCUCUUCUUUUUUAAAUUUUCAUAUAGUUCUCCAUUUUAAUUUAAAUGUCAUUGCAGUUUUGUUUUUCGGUGUGGGUGUGGUAUUAAUAUUAUUAUUAUUCUUAUACAAAAGUUUAGUUUAAUUUCCUUUUCCAUUUCUGUGCUGGUGUUUUAAGCUCUAAUGAAUUCAAUGUGGAUUUUUUUUUUUUUUUUUUACAAUUGGAAUGACCUCUGCCCUAGUUUUCCUUUAGGGAAAUUAUUUGACCGAACACUCAGUCGAAAUUGGGUAAACAGCUUUUCUUUUUUUCAUCUUGUGGCUCAGUUCAACAUGUACGCUCAGUCACGUCUUGUUACUCCCAACAAAAUUGUUCAGGUUAGCAGAACUCAAGUGGUAUGGCGCUGAAGAAACCUGUGUAUGUGUGUGUGUGUUUGUGACAACGUGCGGCAGGGCGGUGCAGCUGGUGCCGCCAGCUGACGCUUCUGUCCUCCUGUCUGACAUUGUGGACAUGGUUACUGUAAAAUAGGAACAGUGUUUUUGGUAACUCUUAUUGUACUAUUUUUACUUUUGGUUUCUUUGUGUGUGUGGAAGUUGUUUUGCUAUCGUCUCUUGGUUUGUGAUGAAUAUUAUGUUGUACUCAUGCACAGGACUUUGAUCCAAAAUCUGCUGGCCCGCCUGUCUGUCUGUCUCUAUUAAAUUCACAUUAACACAGAGAAUGUUUACUGUGCAUAAUUUCAAAUACAGAGGGCAAAACUU